AUGGAGAAGGAGGCGCCGCACGCUGAAGACUCGGGCCGCCGCAAGGAGAGGCAACAGUGGGAAGAGGAUCGGGAGCGCUUAAAGCGCGAUGCCAGGAGGCUUCGGGAGCGCGAGCUGGCAGACAUCGAGCGCCGCGCCGAGGAGCGGCGUCGACAAAUCGAGGCCCUCACCAACUCCCGCCUGGCUGCUGUUAGCAGCACAGCGGCCGAUGCGGGCCCUGCCAGCCGGCUAGCAGCGCAGCCAGUCAUGUCAAAAGAGCAGCCGCGAGGAACGCGAGAGAGCCGCAAUGGCCGCGCGAAGACUGCGCGCCAAGGCACCCAGCGGCGAGUGGAGCCAAGGGAGGAGAGCGAGGCUUCUGAGCCCUGCGACUUUGAAGGCGAGCGGGACCUCGAGGAAGACGAGGAGCCUGCGAGGGCUGCUCCUGGAGGCUUCGGUGGAAACUUCCGGUGGCCGCGCACGUCCCAGACAAAGAGUGCCCGUGGCGGCAACGUGGCGAAACGGCCAGGUGCAGCAGGGCAGCUGGUGAUGCGCGGUGGCAUGCAGACGAUGAUCAGCUCGCCUGCCCAUGAGCUUUCCCUGGCAGAGCGUUUGGAGCACUUCCGCGUCCAGAGCUCAGCACAAAGAGCCUACCCAACACCCCAGCCGAAGGUGCCGCCGGAACUGAAGCGCUCGCCGGCAUGGCUGGCAUUGCGGGUCUACCACGUUUGGUGCAUGCUUGUGGGCUUGUGCAUCACCGUGCUGACCGUGGUGGAGGCUUUCCUGGCCCUUUAUGUGUCGCUCUUCAGCAACCCCUGGGUCUCUGGCAACCAGGCAGAGUCCAUGUGCAUAGCUGCCGCAUGCCUUCUGUCCGCGAUGCUGCUUUCGUGGGGCUCCAACGUUUGCCAUGCUGGGGUGAUGCUGGUCUUUGAUGCUGCACGCAAUGACGCAUUCAUCGUGUACAGGGCUCUCUUUUGCUUGGCGAGCAUCAACAGCAGGACUGGGCUUCCAGUCUUGAAGACGAGGUCCACACCAGGCCUCUGGAAGGCGCGAGCGGACCUGGCAGUACAAUGCCUGUUGCUCUACGGGCCGCUGGAUUUGUUGCCCAUCCUAGUGUCUUUGUCCACCGGCUCUGCGACAGACUGGCUGGUCUGGGUUGCCUGGGUCUCCUUCUGCGAGAUGCUCUUGUUUUGGGUAUUGGUCUGCAUCAAUGACUAUGUGGGCAAGUUCCAAGCUCUCUGGCGCCUUGCGAGUCAAGAGCGCCGACCGCGUUCGUGGACGGCGCAGAUGGAGCUGAGGCCGCCCUUGUUGGAUGAGGAGACCAAGGAGGAAGUCUCGGAGGACAACAUCUGCAUGUCCGGGUGCAAGUGGCUGCAUGGACAAUCCUCGUGGCUUGCACUGGCUGGACUCGUGGUUUUGGCAGUGGUGGCCUUCGCUGUCCGUAGCGGCAUUGCUCUUAUUGGUUCAACACUGCUGAUCAUCUUCAGCAUCCUUCACCUGCUGCAGAGGCAUUGCGUUCCAGGGCGCAGUCUGGAGCGCGGUGCAAUCAUCGCUUCAGAGCAGGACCGACGGUCGCUCCUCGCGUCGCUGGAUGAUCAUCUUUGCCUCACCCAGGACAUUGAGCUGAGCCGCGGCGGAGGUGUCCGGCUGCUCCUCUCAGCUGGCGCCCAACUUGUGGACGACGUGGGCGGCUCCGACCCGGGCAUGAUUGGCUACCUCAGGACAGCAGCCCUGGGCUCACCAGUGGCCUUCAGGCUCCAGUCGGUGGAACCGUGGGCCGUUUUCAUGGAAACCUAUUGCGGCGGCAGUCCGGAUCAGAUCAUGCAAGGCUCUCUUGUUUGGAUGGUCUCCGGCGCUGUCAUUUGCUCGGUGCUCUUCAUCACUAGGCACUAUGUGGAGGGCCUUUGUGGUCUGGCAGUGAUGGUAUUGCUAUCCUUUCCAGCCGUGAGCUUGGCAGUUUGUCCUCAGUAUGCGCACCUGUGCCAUGCCUGCAUCUCGCUGGGCGUUGCUGUGCUGGCGCUGCUGCCGCGCGCCUGGUUGAUGCCUCCCAUUUAUCCGGCUCGUCCAGUCGGAUGGUUUGAUUCCAGCAGCCAAUCUCUACCAAUGACAUUCCGGACUUCUGGACCGUGCCCUGUCAGGCGCCAUGCACCAUUGUGA